CUGGAGCCCCCUGGGCUCCCGGGGUGGGGGCCCAGCAAGUCCGGGCUGGGAUGACCUGGGCUGGGGGAGCUGAGGGAGCAUCGCCCCCUCCCCUGCCGCCGAGGCCCAGAGGGAGUGAGACCUAGAAUGAGUGGGGGGCGGCACUGGGCCUUCCUCCCUCCCUCCCAGCACCCCGCGCCAGGCCGGGCCCCGAGACCCGGGGUGGACCCUCACCCGCACCUCCCCGGGGCUGCGCCCGGCCCUGCAGGCUUGGGCAGAUGGAGGCCUGCACCCCAGCACCCCUCCCCCAGCCCCACCUGCUGCGACCGCAGGCUUCCUCCGGCAGCGCGGCUGGCUGGCCCGGGCCUGGCCCGCGCCCAGAGGCCCCCGAAGAUGGGGAGUCAAACGGAAACUUUGCAGCUGGGGCAGCCCCGGGGCUGGGGGAAGGGGCCUCCAGAAUCCUCCUCGGGGCCCCUUCUGGGAGCCCACCGAGCAGAGGGGUUGCCUCUGGGUUGGUCCAGGUGCCCCCGUCCCUGGCCUCCCUGGCCCCGGCCUGGCCACACUCCCUACGCGCCAGGUACUGCUCUGGGGACUUGGCCCCUCCCCACACAUCCCUGUCUCCCUGCAGCUUACUUCUGGUGGCAGAAUGGGCAAGGGCAGGCUCUGCCCUGCGCCCUUGGGCUUGGGACGCUGCUGGCCCUGCCGGGAGCCAUGGGCUCAGGGGGCAGCGAGGACGGCCUGGGCUCCGGCUCUAACUCUGUCACCGUGGUCCUGCUGCUGCUGCUGCUGCUGCUGCUGCUCACCGGCCUGGCCCUGGCCUGGCACCGCCUCAGCCGCGACUCCGGCGGCUACUACCACCCCUACCGCCUGGGCGCUGCGCUGUGGGGCCGCACCCGCCGCCUGCUCCAGGCCAGCCCCCCGGGCCGCUGGCUUCAGGCCCGGGCUGAGACGGGGUCACGGGACACCGACCCAGAGCAGCCGGAGGACCAGCGGGACGCCGAGGACGCCGAGGACGCCGAGGACGCCAUCGGCGCUGAGCCCUGGGAAGCCGGGCAGCGGCGCGGAACGGGGUCCCGCCCAGAGCAGCCCCCCGAGCUGGCGGAGGAAGCCCACGACAGUGACACCGAGGGGGGCCUGGCCCUCGGCUCCCAGGGGCCGGCGUGCGCCGGGGGCAGCGCGGAGGCUCUGCUGAGUGACCUGCACGCCUUUUCGGGUAGCGCGGCCUGGGACGACAGCGCUGGCGCAGCCGGGGGCCAGGGCCUCCACGUCACGGCGCUGUAGGGGCCAGCCUCGGUGUCCCACCCGACACAGCCCCUCUCCUGUGCUCUGCUCCCCAAGCCGCCGCGCGGCCAUCUCCACCCCCACUGCCACCUCCCCCAGUCCCCAAGGCGCCAGGCAACCUCGAAAUAAACCGCUCCAGCCCCA